AGAAAAGAAAAUGGACAGAAAACACACUGAUCUGGUUGGAUACAGGUUGGCCUGAUUUCUCUGAUGGACGUCAAGCCGUUUAAUUUUCAGUGGGUUUUUUUUAACACUUACAUCGGCGGGGCUUUGCGAGAAGCUCAGUAUCAUUACAGGUUAAUCUCCUGGAUGGUCUGGGAUAGUGACGGCGGAGGAAAAAAGACUGAGAGGAUGCAGGGAGAGGGAGAGCUGAAUCACCUGGAGCGACCGAGUCCUCUGAACGAGAGGGAGAAGGUGUUGAUCCAGGACUCCUGGGCGAAGGUCUACGAGAACUGCGAAGACGCUGGGGUGGCUGUACUUCUCAGGCUGUUUGUGAACUUCCCCUCGUCCAAGCAGUACUUCAGCGACUUCAAGCACGUCGAGGAGCCGGAGGAGCUGGAGAGGAGCGCCCAGUUCAGGAAGCAUGCUAGAAGAGUCAUGAAUGGCAUAAAUACACUGGUGGAGAGCCUCGACAACUCAGACAAGGUGGCCUCAGUGCUGAAGCAUGUGGGCAAGGCCCACGCACUCCGACACAAGGUGGAGCCGGUGUACUUCAAGUUCUUGAGUGGUGUGAUACUGGAAGUCCUCGGAGAAGCGUUUCCAGAGGUUGUGACAGCAGAUGUGGCCGCAGCGUGGACCAAACUCCUGGCUACGCUCUGCUACAGCAUAAAUGCCGUCUAUGAAGAACUGGGCUGGACUUCGCUCUCAACAUCAACUGGGUGAGGCGUCUAAGUCUGGGUUUGUUGGACCACUGGCACCCAGAGACUGUUCACAUAUAUUAUUUGGGCCACAGUUCAUUGGCUGCACUGAGCUGUACUGAAAGCAAUGUAUCUUUACAGAAGUUAUCUGACAAAUAAUGGAGACUACGGUUUAAUGUAAUUGUGGGUUAUGGAGCAUCCACACGUGUUUCUGUGUGUGUGUGUGUGUGUGUGUGUGUGUGUGUGUUUGUAUUACCUACUGGGGACUGUUUCUGGCAUUGGACAGGACCAAUUGUACAAAAGACUGGUCCUAAUACAGCAACAUGUAAUUUCUGAGGUCCUAGUUAAGUUUAGGCGUAUGGUAUAAGUUUGUUUGUGUGUGUGUGUGUGUGUGUGUGUGUGGGGGGGGGGGGGUUGUGUGCUCUUGUAAAGGACCAAACCAUUGAAAUGAGAGAGAGCAAAGAGGAAUCAAAUGCAAUCAUGAACCCAAAAUGAGACAAAAGGUCACAUUUGACUCGGAUGUGCCUUCUACUUAAUGUGUAUAUCUCGAAACUGCCAUGUAAAUACCAUUCUUUCUAAAUACCAUCCAACAGCCUGUAUCCACUGGUGUCCCGUUCACGAGCUAAAAAGAGGACAUUGUCUUCAUUUCUAACAGUUAAUUGUGAUUAUUUUACAUUUUUUUUGUACCUGUAUCUAACAACAUUUGAAUAAAAAAUACAAAUAAAUAAAA